CGUGUUAAACGGGCGAUUCCUUGCGGAUUCUGUGAAGUGUGCAAACAUAUCUGGUUCAAACAAAUUAUGUUCUCACCAUUUGUACAUGAUAAUGACGAGGAUGGUGAUCAUGACGACGAUGAUGAUAAUGACGACGAUGAUGAUAAUGACGACGAUGAUGAUGGUGAUUAUAGUGAUGAUCGUGAUUGUCGUGAAAAAGAGGGCACGGAUUCUGAGGUUGAUAACUAUGUGGAAUAAGCUGCUGAUAAUCCAAUCUAUACGUGUUUAAGUUAACACAGUGGAGUCAAAGGCGGUGAUGGCCCUUGAAUCCCGCGUGCGUGUUUACGAUGUAACCAUAAACCAUAAACCAUCGUUGAAGUGCGGACGAUAUUCUAGAAACGUUGAGAUUAACGUUUGUAACACGUUUAAACUCUCUUCACGCUUGAAUAAUCCAGAUUUGUUGACGUAUGCUAAAUGUAUGGAUUUAUUUUAAAGAUGGUAUUUCGUGUAAGAACUUUAAUAAAAACAGUACUGAUUGGUAUUUCAAAAUGUUAAAAGGGUUUUGCGAGUGAGCAUAGAAUCUUAAUUACGAAAGAAAUUGAUAAAUGCAGGAUUUUUCCGUGAACGUUUAUCGACUGCAAUUAAACAAUGUUUACGUGUAAAAGCCAAAAAGCAUACACAGAAAAUGAAAUAAGUUACAACAGAUUACCGCUGUGAAGUUAACAUUAUCAUGUAUAAAGGCAAAGCUAAUACAUAUUGUGUGUGCAAUAAGUCAACGACCUGUGAUUAAUAACAACAAUACAUUAGUGAACAUUAAAUCUUUUGAAGUCUUCAAAUCAACAAACUAUUGUAUAAAACAAAAAAGCUAUGACGACGUCAGAAGAGCGUUUGGCGCUGUUCAAGGCGGAGUACAAGCAGACGUCAGACGUAGCGUUGACAACAUCGGAUCUCGGUGUCGUCAUAGCCUACUUCGUCAUCAUCAUCGCCAUCGGCAUCGUGGCUAUGUGUUACUCAAAUCGGAGUACGCUGGGCGGAUUCUUCCUUGCCGGACGCUCCAUGAGUUUCCUUCCUAUUGGAGCUUCCCUAUUCGUCAGCAACAUCGGUACAGAACAUUUCAUCGGGCUCUCAGGGUCCGGCGCUGCCUCGGGGAUCGGUGUGGGCGCCUGGGAGUUCAAUGCGAUUCUGCUCCUACAACUGCUUGGAUGGAUAUUCAUUCCCGUCUACAUUGCCUGUGGGACGUACACGAUGCCGGAGUACCUGACGAAGCGAUUCGGCGGCGAAAGGCUGCGAGUUUACUUCGCCUUCCUGUCCCUCGUACUCUACAUCUUCACAAAGUGCUCCGGUGACCUCUUCACGGGCGCCAUCUUUAUUCAGCAGUCACUUCGCUGGAACCUCUACGUCUGUAUCGUGUUCCUCGUGGUCGUCACUGGCGUUCUCACGAUGACAGGCGGUCUCACUGCCGUAAUCUACACGGAUACGAUGCAGUGCGCUCUGAUGGUGGGCGGAGGACUGUGGCUCAUGAUAGAAAGCUUUAAAAAGAUCGGCGGAUACGACGGACUUGUCCGAAGGUACCCGAACGCUACGACAAAACCCGAGUACCGAAUACCGAACACGACGUGUCACGAGACGGAUCCGAAUGCUUUCCGUAUGCUCCGAGAAGUUGACGACGACUAUAUGCCGUGGCUUGGUUUUUUGUUAGGCCAGACGCCUGGUUCCAUAUGGUACUGGUGCGCCGACCAGGUGAUUGUACAGCGCCUCCUUGCGGCAAAAAGUCUGUCGCACGCGCAGGGGGCAACGCUGAUGGCGGGGUUCAUCAAAGUGCUUCCGCUUUUCAUGAUGGUGAUGCCGGGAAUGAUCAGCAGGAUCCUAUUUGCAGACGAAGUUGCUUGUGUAGACCCAAACAUAUGUAAUUACGUCUGUCAGAGCGAGGCUGGCUGCAGUAGUAUCGCCUACCCGCGUCUCGUGCUUGGGGUCAUGCCAGAAGGUCUACGCGGUCUGAUGAUGGCGGUGAUGAUAGCCGCUCUGAUGAGCGACCUUGACUCCAUCUUUAACAGCGCCAGCACGCUCUUCACCGUGGACGUGUACACGAAGAUCCGCCGGAACUGCUCCCAGCGGGAACAGAUGAUCGUGGGCAGGCUUUUUAUCGUGGUGAUGAUCGGCGUCUCCAUCGCCUGGGUGCCCGUGCUGAAGGAGACCCAGGGCGGUCAGGUGUUCAUCUACAUCCAGGAGAUCACCAACUACCUCGCACCGCCGUUCGCCGCAGUCUUCCUGCUCGCGGUAUUCGUGCCGCGCGUCAACGAACAGGGUGCGUUUUGGGCACUCAUGGUGGCGUUCGUCACCGGGGUGACCCGGAUGGUGCUCUCCUUCGUCUACUACAACGCCGGCGGCUGCGGGGUGGAGGACUGGCGGCCGGCGCUACUACGGAACUUCCACUACAUGUACUUCUCGCUGUUCCUUACCCUACUAACCGCCGUCGUCGCCGUUGUCGUCAGUCUCUGCACGGCGCCGCCGCACGAGAAACACCUGGCCCGCACAACCUUCUGGACGCGCAAAUCACCAAAAUACAUCGAUGACGUAAACGAUGACGUCACGAAAGAGAACACAGAGAACAUCACGAAGGAUCAGAACGGACCGACGAAUCUAGCCGCCAGUGGCGACAGCAAGAUGCAGAUCUUCAAUGUGGAAGAGAGAAUGGUGUUCCGGGACCCCGACCUUGACCGGAUACAGACUGUGGACAUAAAAAAAGAAUCAACAACUUCCUGUUCUGAUCGCGCGCUCAAUCUCGUCUGCGGUCUCACAACGGAAGUGGACGAAGAGAAAGAACGACAACUCCAGAUGCACAUGGAGAAAGUUGCAUCCCUUAGACAAAACAGGUGCGCGAAGAUCGGCCUCAAUAUCGGCAUGGUGAUGAUUCUCGGUCUUGGUGUAUUCCUUUACGUCUUUUUCUCUUUUUGGAAAUACCAGCCGCUUAAUAUGUAGGGGUCUUUUUAAAACUCGUCCCUGGAGGAACAUCGAAUAGCAUUAUCCACCCGAGGGAUAUAAAAGAACAGAAACCACGCAAGAAAUAACCACAAACAGAAACCACGCGUUACAUAUCCAUUUAGAGAAUUCAAUUGAGAAAAAAAUCGAAUGAGAAACUAUGCACUAUACAUUAUCCGGUGCCCUCGUAUCGAAGGUGUCCUCGUAUCGAUCAUGUUGUUUACAUUAAGAACGAGGUUCCCGUGAUGACGUCACACUCCGAGUAUUUUGUUUCACUAACACAACAUUGAUUGAAAAUAAAUACAAACAACGAUUGCAAAUAAAUACAAACACAGCCAAAAUGAGUAAAAAAACAAUCAAACAGGUAUACCGGUAAUUGCAUUUCAAAAUUUUACUCCACUUUUCACCACCCGGUGAAAUUAAAUUUAUAAAUAGUCCAUACAUUUUAUUGCUCCUCUUAAUUAAAUUUCUACAUACAUUGCAAAGUGAAGCAGACGACUGUGCUAGUAAUAACACAACACUUUCAUUUAUUUGAUUUAUUAUCAAAAUAUACUUUUACUUUCUCCCGCUUUUCAAAAAAUGUUGCAUGACAAAAAAACAACAGCAUAAGAACUGUGUGCGCACAUCGCGUCAGGUUAUGUACACACGUGCAGUGGGAAUACCCCGUCCCGAUUGAACGUGUAUUUAAGGAAAUCUUUUAAUAGUAACAUAUAUUCCGAAAUUUAGUUGAACAAUGUCAAACGUCUGUGUUAAUGAAUUUCUUAAGCACAAACGAAGAAUGACCGAUAGAAUAGAAACUUUUUAAAUUCUAAAUAAAAGUUAUAAUAAGAGUUUAAUUACUGUUUAAGUUUAUAUAAAAUAUGUUCAGUAAAUUAAAAGUUUUAUGUUAAGUUGGCAU